UGAUAAUACUGGUGCUUCGCAGUUUGUGGAAAACUGAUCUGGAAUAUAUUCUAAUCGAGGUGUAACUGUAGCCGAUUGAUAACAUGUGACAUGAGGGUGAAGAGAACGUGAAAUUUGCCGUUGUUAACAACUCGUAGCUAAGCAACUUCAUCGGUUGUCAAUUUUCCUGACCACCUGUUGCACCCUCGUCACUAGCAGAGAAUAUACCUGCAUACAUCCAGCAUUCAACCAUGGAUCCGCCAAGGUUUAACGGUACCACUAUGGCGUCCAGCAAAGAGGCAGAGGCUUUGAGGACUACAGAGCAGAAACACGUUGGCGCUCCGACGAACCACGAUAACCAGGCAAAUCCUUCGGCUCCCCUACUUUCAUCCGAUCCGUACAAUCCAGGAGUACCAAGCAUGCAACCGCCGCCUUACAGCUCAGUCGUGGCUCAGGAUUCCCAGGCCUUGAAAAACCACUCCGACUUCUUUUCCGGCGUCAAUGGUUCGCCUCCGUAUCCCUCAGGUCCAGCACCCUACCCUACCGACGGAGUAGCCUCGAACGCUCCGUACCCAACAGCACCCGUGGGAGCCGCCCCCCAACCCGUGGUCAGUCCCCCCUAUCCAACGGGACCCGGGAUCACCAGUCAGCCAACAUUCACGUCUGGACCCGCCAACCAAGCACCGUAUCCCAGUGCCGCGAUGCCGAUGCCAGCACCCAUCGACACGACUGGGAUACAAAUCGGCUUCGUGAACCCUCUGACGACGCAACCGAAGUCCGCGAUGUCGGGAUACCAGCCUGUGGAGUACGAGUCCCAGGUGAACCAGGGGAUGAUCUAUCCGAAGCAGUCAGGUGUGGGUGGCCAGCACUAUCCGGUGCAGAAUCAGUACCUGCAGAACCAGGUUCCUCCGCCGCAGACUAUUUACGUAGUACAAAAGAACGCUGACACAAGUAGAAACGAUGACGACUGCUCUAAUUUGCUCUGUUGUUUGACCAGUUGCUACUGCUUGUGCGAGUGCAUCAAACUCUGCAUCCCGUCCUAGUAGUAGUCCUACUAGUCGUAUCGCUUUGGUUAAGUAUCGUUGAAUGUAAUUAGGUAUACCAGCUAAAUCACUUAUGAAUGCACUGGAGAUUUUUUACUCUAUUCGCAAACGCCGAUCGUUUAGUUAUUUUUCGGUAAUCAUAAUCUACCGCGCUUGUUCAUCAACGUAUUAGCAUUAGCAUCUUAAUGGACGAAAGGAAUGACCGAUUUCUUUCUGUCAUCUAACGAUAUAUUGACAGCUUUUACUGCCUGCAAAUUAGUUUCAAGCAAUUCGGUCUAUAACUAUUUUUGUAAUAACCAUUUAUUGCCGAUUGCUUGUGGAGUGUGACGAUGAAAAUCAAACUUCAGUUCCGCUUCGAUUCUAACUUUUUCGAUACCAAACACGUGAGACUGUAGAUGCGUUUGGGCGCGUAGGAUUAACGGUCACUUAUAUGGUAUAACAGUAUGGUCAAAAGCGCGGGUUAUUUAAUGUUUGUUUCUAAUUUAUUACAGCAGCGAGGAUAUGGAAAAGGUUUAUCACGUGAUGCAAAUCUGUCACGAACAAGUUAGCAUACUUCGCAGUCUUCCUAUGCGCGUUUUUUAUUGUGAGAAACCGUCUCUGACUAACAUGCGCGUUACAAUAGAUUUUAGAUGUAGGUACAACAUCCACGUUACCAAAUAUUGCUCCUCGUUUUUUCAUCUGCAUAAUUUAACCCAUAAUACUAGCACAAUAACCAUUCCUCAUGAUUUAAAGUGCAAUAUUAUUGGAUUUGUAAAAAUUUUGCAAAAAGUUUUCAUCAACCACCGGACAUUUGAAUUGUGAGGCUUAAUCAGAAUCAAAUAUAUAGCACUUUUACGUAUGAAAAUUUAUCGUAAAAUAUAAAGCGGAUGAAAGUCUGUGUUAGGAUUUGAUAAUAAGAAAUAAUUUUCGGAUCUUCCGGAAUUCACUCACAUUUUAGUGCCAUUUUUUUUUUUUUUUUUAUUCUCAGAUGAUGUAUAGUGCCGUUCCGUAACUGGAUCAUUCAUAUUUUCAUUGAAAUGACUAGAUUUGAUUUCACAGUUAACCACAAGUUAUUAAGAAGAUAAUUUAGUUUUGGUCAACACUUCGAAGAACACUUGAUGAACUUCGUAAAAGCUGAUCAGCGGAAGUGUUGCGCUGUUAAAUUGCCGUUAAAAUGCCUUUAAUGGCAAAAUUGAGUAUUCAGUGUCAAUUCUCCGGAAACAUAAAGUUGAUAGUAUCCCCGACGGAAUUGUGUGGCUUUGAAAGUAAUUGGCAGAAAAGUUGCUCAAAUUUAUCUUUUUUCGGCAAACGUAGGCGAAUAUGUGAUUUUCUGUACCUACAUUAUGACAAAUCCAUGGAAUGAUUUAAAAUUCAGUGGAGGCUGAAUAGAAUUCGU